AUGACGAGCGUGACUGGGUGUGGUUCGAUGAGCCUGAUUACCAACCGCAGCGCGUUCUUGGGAAACGGACUGCAACACCGUGCCGUUUUCCUCAAGCCAUUUUCGUCGUCUUCGCUUCAGUCUCGGUCGAUGGUGGUCGAAGCCAAAACCAAAACCAGCAGCGAAGACAGAAUCGCCCGCCAUUCUCGCAUCCGUAAGAAGGUUAAUGGAACAACAGAGAGGCCAAGGCUUUGCGUGUUUCGGUCAAACAAGCAUCUCUAUGUGCAAGUGAUCGAUGAUACCAAGAUGCACACCUUAGCUUCAGCUUCCACCAAGCAGAAACCUAUCUCUGAGGAGCUCGACUACACUUCAGGACCAACCAUUGAGGUAGCUAAGAAAGUUGGGGAAGUUAUAGCGAAAUCUUGCUUGGAGAAAGGCAUCACAAAGGUGGCCUUUGACCGUGGUGGUUACCCUUACCAUGGACGCAUUGAAGCUCUUGCCGCUGCAGCACGUGAACACGGUCUUCAGUUUUAA